AUGAAAAAAUUAAUUGGAGUCUCCCGAAGUGGCGAUGAUGAUGAAUUCCUAAAACCAAAACCAAGGCAAAAAAAGGCCAUGGAUUUUGUUGAGACACAACAUCCUGUCUCUCAGGAAGAAGCUUCCAAAAUCGCUGAUUUUUCUCAACUAAUGAUUUCGAGAAGUUAUCACGCGAAAGGUCACAGCGAAACAAUCUUGGAUGUUCCAUUGAUUGGAGAUGGAGAGUUCAAAAUGAUCGUUGAAAACAAAUCGUCACAUGCUGACUUUAUAAGAAAUGUGACCUUUUCAUUUGGAAUGUAUAAAAUCGAUGAUGUACAACCUUGUUGGAAUACUAUCAGUUCAGAAUCAAAAUCUAGCUCACAAUGUGGAUGUCACUUUGAAAGUAUUUUGAAAACAUCCUCCGAGAAGGCAGACCUGUUCGAAGAUCAAAAGUUAGAUUCUCUUAAUACAUCAUACUACAUUAGAAUCAUUGUCAACACAGCCCAUGCUGUGGAGUUUGAUAUUCAAGUUUGGCAGAAAGAGACUUUUAUUUAUCUUGAAAAUCCUUUAAAGGAACAACAUGACAUUCGUUGCCUCACCUAUCGCAUGUUGGGAUUAGGAGAAGAUGAUUUAUCGUCCUACGAUGACGGAGAAUACAAGAGCAAAAAAUUUGUCAACACAAGCACAGAUCUAACACUCGAGCCAGGUUCAUACUUUGCAAUUGUCAAGAAAAACGAUUUGUGUAUUCUUUUAGAAUCGAAGGAUGAAUUCUCGCUUUGGUGUUCAUUCCAAGUGAAUGGAGUGGAUGUUUCGUAUUGUGAUGAAAUCUCCACUUUUUGGUGCUCCAAACCAUUCUUUAUUCCAACAAAAAGAGUUGUUACUCUCACUGUUCAAGCAGGUCAAUCUUCGACCAACUUUGCUCUUGAAGGAGGAAAUUAUGAUUUUUACUUUUUGAAGACCUCCUCUGAAGACGCAUUCAAAUUGUUUGAAUCUGAAGAAUCACUCAACGAUGGCUUAGUUCAUUUCCUUAAAAUCAUGCAUGACGCCUAUAGAGCACAGGAUUAUCAGUACGCCAAUUACGUGUUCAAUUUCUUCCCAAGUGACAAGAGAAUACAUCACAUCAAAUCCAAAAUCGAAACCUCAUAUUUAGAGCCACUGAAGCGAUUCGAACUUUUAAAGAAAAAUGUAAACAAGGCAGCAGAAGUUAAAGACCUAGAAGAAAUGAAGAGACUCAUUGGCAGAGAAAGCAACUAUAAAGACUGCAUCAAAGAAGGUCUCGUUUAUGCUCGAUCGAAAUUAGAGAUUUUAAAAACUGAAAAGUUUGCCAUCGAUCAAAUCAUGAGACUUCUCAAAAAACACGGUGAAGAAGUUGAAUCAAUCACAGUGAACUCUUCCUUUCUCUCAGAUACUACCUUCUUGAGUCUUGAAAAAACUCGCCAACGUGAAAAGAAAGACCGUAUUGUGUCCAUCAUGCUCGAGUUGCCAGAUUUAUUUUCCAAGUCCACCGUGUGCUUUGCUCUCAAUGUAUGGUACAAUGUGAUUGACAAGUUUUUCUCAAUGGUUUAUAGUUCAAAUUGUAAGGAAGUAAUGGAAGUUAUUGAUAUUAUUGAAAAUCAAAAAGAUAUCAAUUUGGAGGGUUUAGAAGAUGGAUCUUUCAGAAAAUGGGUCAAAAUUCUUGACAUUGUGAUAAAAGAUCAAAUGAGCGUUUACUUGGAUAAAGUGAUGGAUAAUAUUAACAAACUCACCUCAACACUAAUCUCCACUUACAAAGAAAUUGGGACUAUUAAUGAUGAAAUUCAAGCAAAAUUUACAGAGACUCAAACCAUCGAUAAUGCAUUGAAUAGAAAGUUAGAAAAUGCAAUGAAACGAAGAAGUCAGACCAUGUCUGAAAUUAACACUGAGGAAAUUUUCCUAAAAAAUCAUCUCUUUCUCUUCUUUGAAAAAUCACAAAAAGAGUUUGGGAUUGAUGUUUUUAAUUGGGUUUUUCCCUCCAUUUACAAGCAUAUGCACAGUUACUUAAAGGCUACGAGGGCAUUUUGUGAAAAAUAUUUAAAAAAGCACCAACCUGAACUCACUUCAUUGGUAUGCAACAGAGAUUUGAGUGGUCUUUUGGUGUACAUUGGUGACAACAAACAUGAAAUGUUGGAGAAAGAUAUUGACAAGUACAGAUUCAUUCAUUCCGAGCUCUCUAAAAACGUUCCUAAUUUUUCUUUGAUUGUAUCACAUUUUGGAGAAAAGGAAAAACAAGCAUUCCAAAAUGAAUUGUCACAAGUCGCUUGGGUUGAUAGAAAAAUAUCAAAUCUACCUGAAGAAAAUUCUCACUCGGAAAUUUCUAUGCAGGGAGGAGUUGUAGAUUUGGAAUGGAGAGGAUCGGUCGAUGUGGAACCAUUGGUCGAUUAUGAAAGCAUUCCAUACGACAAGAUUUUGGACACCAUCAAGAAUGAAAUGAAGUUAAUUAAUAGGACUUUGGACUUGAAAGAUCCAUUCAUGAGAGAUGAAAAGAACAACCACUCAUGCAUUGGCCAACUGAUGAGAAAGAGAAUGAUUCCUGUGUUUAUGGCUCUCUUCCUUGAGGAUAUGAAGCCAGAAUAUGAUUUGUGGACCUUCCUCGAAAAAAUUGCAAGCUACGACACCGAGUUAGAGGAGGCCAUUCAAGCCACCAAUCAAUUCGUUUCCAAACGAUCUUCUCUUCUCUCAUCCAAGAAGAAGGAUCUCAUUCACCGUGUGAAAUUUAAAUACUUUUUGACUGCCUUUGUCACCAAUGGAAAGAAUCCAGACUUUAUGCCAAAGAUUGUUUCCUCUUCUGUUCUGAAUGAAACUCACAAACCAACCUACCUUUUGCACAAUAAGAAUAACCAAAAAGAGCUUUUGAAAUAUCUUGCAUUUUUCAAGACUUAUCCAAUGAAUCUCGAAUUGGAAAUUCCUCAUCUUGAAUAUGAUCCUAAAUAUGCCAACGAGACAAUGUAA